UUAACAUCCUGCCAAAGCAGCAGAGGAUGUUAACAAAGUGUCAACUAAUGCAGGCUCAUGCGUACUUCUACAUUUAGUGAAUACUGGAGUGUCUUUAAAGUGUCUCCAUCCACAGCUGGACAGAAAACAUGAUCCCUUCUCCACAGGAGGAUUUCAGGCCUCAAAGUGCCAUUGCGAUUUCAGCAAUUGUUGUGGUGAAUAUAAUUUGGUGGAUGAUUAUGAUUGCAGCCAUUGGAUUGGGGGCCAUACAUAUCAAAAAUUGUCCAAUACAGCCCUACAUCCCCAUCUACCUGAUGGUGUUGGGAGCUGUCAGCCUCGUCUCUUUUACUCUGACCUACACCAAGAGCACCUGGAAAGAUGGCGUUAUCUUCAUCCUGAGCUCGGUCUGCGUGGCCCUUCUGCACCUCUUCACUUUCUGCUGGUUCAUCGCAGGCACUGUCUGGGUUUAUUCUGUAUAUCCUCCUAGCUACGAACCAGGAAAACAGUACUGCCAUAAGACACCCUUCCAGUUUGCCUUUGUUGUCACCACCUUGGUGUGGGUGUGUGUGACUCUCCUGUUCACCUGUGGCUGUUGCUUCGGUUUACUGGCCUGCUGUAAGACUGUGAGGGCAGGACGUCGCUUGAUACCCAACCGCAAUACUUUCUAUGGUGGGACAGGUUAUUUUGAAGAACCCAUUGCUAGUGAUGUGUAAUUUAAAUCCUUGUUUGUGGCUUCACAAUAGGUUUUAGAGAAGUGAAAAUUUUCCUGAUCCUGAUUCUCCCCCUACUGUUGAGGGUUAUUUUUAUUUUUUGUGGUAGUUUUUCUAGUCAGGUGCAAUAUAUGAAAGGAUCAAAUGUAAGACCUGCUGAAACAUCAUAUCACUUUCACACAACAGCACUGUCAUUUACAGUAUGUGUAUAAAAAUAACUAUCUAUUGUCCAUAAAACUGGUGUUUUUGAUGAGUCACCAAAGGACUGUCUGGUCCCUGCCACCAGUAAUUAUAUGGCAUGAGAUGAACAUAUUUUUGCUUGAGGUGAAGGCUUGAAUAAAGAAACGCUGGCUUUUUAAUUUGUGUCUUUAUCUUAUGCUUUAAUAAUGAUUACCUGCAAAAUAAUACAGGAACAGCUUUAAUCAUGAACCAAAAAAGUCACUUGAUAAUAUGAAAAGCCGUGAGACGUUUAAUCAGUGGAGAUAAAAAACAUUAAAAAAUGUAAAAAAUAAAAUAAUUUAAAAAAAAAAUUCAGCUCAUUGAAUGCAUCCUGGUGCAUUUUACGUAACAUUUUAUUCAUGAUGUGUGAAAAAUGCAAUUACAAACUGUUUAAUGUGGAACAAUAAAAGAAAAUAAAAUGAAAGAAAGGCGGAGUUAUUUUAGAUUUAAUUGUAUUGUUACAU